AUCCAGGAAGACGCUGCCCUGGUAGCAAGGAGGGGAGAAAUGGACGAUAGCUUUAAGAUCGGAGAUGCUGGAGCGGUAAAAAAUGUUGCAAAGUCUGGACGAAGAGCUCGCCUUGCAGCAGACCAAUCAUCAUUUGAAGAUUCUCGUUACGUAAGGAAGUCCUCCACCCCCGCUUCAGUGGGAGAAGCAGGCCCUCCUCCUAAACCGGCCCGGCGGCAGGGUGGCUGGGCGGAAGAGAGCUCCGGGUCCAGUUCUGCCAAAUCUUCAAGAAGACCUGCAGCUGAAGACCUGGAAGACCGCCGUCUGCGACCGCAAACUCCCCAGGGAUCAGAUGAUGAAGGAGAUAUUCCAGUGAUUCCAGACCUUGAUGAAGUACAGGAAGACGACCUCACUAUGCAAGUUGCAGCUCCACCAAGCAUCCAGGUGAACCGGGUAAUGACCUACAGAGAUCUGGACAACGAUCUGAAGUAUUACUCUGCAUUCCAGACCUUAGAUGGAGAGAUUGACUUGAAGCUCCUCACCAAGGUUUUAGCGCCAGAGCAGGAGGUGAAAGAGGAUGAUGUGAGCUGGGACUGGGAUCAUCUGUUUACAGAGGUGUCCUCAGAGCUGCAGAUGGAAUGGGAUCAAGGGGAGAGUGAGGAGCAGGCCGCUUUACCUCUAACAUGAGGAGGAGUUUUGGACUGAGGCUUGAAAUGGCUCCUUUGGGAACUAGGUGAAUGUCCAUUACACAGAAGGUCUAGUGACUUUGCUCAUAGGGACUUUAAUUACUGUUUGUUAUCCAGAAUUUAUAUUUUGUAAAGUGUAUAUACCGUGUUUCUUGUAUUUUCUCAAUAAAGUUCACUGUGCAGUGAACUCUG